CGAUUAGUACCAAAACGCACCUCGACGGGUCGAGUCGAGUACCUCGCCGUACGAUUUCAAAACGAGUUUAUUUUACCGAUUUAUUAUUGUAUCAGUGACGUCACGCGCUUUGGUAUUUGCUCUAUACUAUACAUCCGCGUGUUUUGCAUAAUAUACGGGCCAAAAGACGAUUAGUUUUUGCGGAAAUAUAUAUAUUUUUUUAAAAUUGAAUUUUUCUUUUAUCGGUGGUACCGAGCGGUUCCGUGUUGAAUAAAAUUAAGAAAAAAAAGGAUUUUUUUCGUAAUAGUGGUGCGGUUUUAUAGAAAUUCUUGCUCGUUUCUGGUUAACCUUCGCGAACAGCUUCGAUUAUUGAUUGCGAAUUACUUAUAAUAAUAAUAAUAAUAAUAAUGAUACAGUAGGGACAGCAAACAUGCCGCACUAUGGGAGUUGCACUUCAACCAAUCAUAGGUCUACUGUUACUCUCGGCAACAUAUAGCUUCGCAACCACUCCACAAUCAAUUCAAAAUGUAACAGAAAUCAAUAACAGGGACCUAAACAAGAUUGUCAGAGUGGACACAAAGACUGAAACCCUUGAUCCAAAAGAUAAAUCUCUUAUUAACCAUAUUAACACUUAUGAUCAGUUUCCCAUAAAACUUGGGCAACUUGAUGAAGAAACUGCUUAUAAUGAAUCUUCUAGAGCCCUAGAUUCAUCCAAAUAUUGGUCUUCCGAGUUCCACAGCAAGCAUAAUGCUUUAACAUUAUCACCUCUGCUGCACGUCACCACUACAACAGAGGGAGCAUUCGAAGGAACACGUCAUCCAAGUUUCGAAAGCAAUGCCGAACUCACCACCCCAACAUCGGCCCUCUUCGAUGACAAAUUUAAAGAAACAGUCGAGAGUGUCGAUCAGAAACUGGACAAUGUUGAUCUGGAAAACGAGGAAGAGGAGGAUGUGGAACCGGAACUUACAAUCGAAGAUCUACUAAAGAAUAAACCGGAAAACGCCACCUUGGAUUUUGAAAAAACAAAAGCGAUAGUUAACAAUGAAACGAUCGAAAAAAACUUUAUACAUAAAGACGUAAACUUUGAACAAACCAAACGGGUCAACUUUGAAAACGCUUUUAACGAGACGAAGGUUUAUGAUGAGAGCGAGGAGGGUGCCAAAGGUGAGAUGGAGGUGACGACGAUCGUUGCAGACGUGUCGACAAGGAAAAGUGCGGGUUCAAAAGAGUCAGAGGAGGAGGGAACGACGUUACAUUUGUUGAGUAAUAAAAUCGAAAGUGAAUUAGAUAGGCCUGCUAAAGGGAGUAGUACCACCACCACCACCACCACUAUGCUGCCUGAUACAACUGUGAAAAACAAGGGAGAGACGGAGAGUAUACCAGUGUCAACAACCACCACUCCCUCGACACCUAUAACGAUCCUUACAAGAACCAACGUAUCGGACCAAGAAAACUUUAUUCCAUUGAAACUCGGCACCAGAAAACCCUUUUCGGAGUCCACUUUUAACGACAUCAGCUCGACUACCGCUAACUCAAAGUCUACAGAAGCCACUACUUUGACUCCUAUAAUGUCUGAUGCCACUGUGACCCCUGAAAUGGCAGAAACUACUACUAAUAGCACUAUUGAAGAAACUUCCUCAGUAACUGAUGCUACUACAGAGGAGACCACUUUGGAUAUGGGUGUAACCAUGAGUUUUAUUGAGGAAACCACUAUAAAAACAGUAGAGCUUGAAAGUACUACUGUGGACGUCAAUACUACUCCCCUUGAGGUGGAUGGUACUAGCACCAUGGAGUCCACUACUACUACUACUACCUUAGGGUUACAAGAAGAGACUGUUAAGGAUAAUGAACCGACUACAAUAAUGAUCUCUUCAACUACAACUGAGGAGUUGAUUACUUCAACUACUUUACUCGCAGUUUCUUUGAGUGAGAGUGAAACUUCAGAAACUCCUUUGCCAGAAUCGAACGUUUCUAGUAGCACAGUAGGAAAUCGGGUGAACGUAAGGGCAAAUCUUACUGAGGCAAUCACUGUUACCGUUACUCCUAGUGUGGAGGUGAAUGAUUUGACCGCUUCCAUUGUCACGACAACCGAAAACGAUACCGAUAUUAGUCCGUCUGACAGUUUCACCAAAGAAAACGACGGUGGUGAUAAUAAAGGGAAAAUCGCCGCUAUAGCUAUCUCGGCCGUGGGUGCGGUCUGUCUCGUUCUAUUGGCCGGAUUGUUGUACGUGAUGAAAAAACGUCAAAAAAGGCUGAACUACGGCCCGAGAUGUAGACCAGUAAGUUUGGACGAUUACAGCAUCGAUAAUCUCUCGGUAUACAACAGCGUGAGACGCAAAGGUGCGGCAGCUCGUAUGUCUAAACGCUCGUUUGGCAACCCCGCGUUUGACGAUCCGGUGGCGCCCUCCCAUCCCUUAAACUUCGCCGCCCUAGUAAAGUUCGCAACGAACCACGAAGACAUCAAAGCGGAGUUCGAAGACGUGCCGCAAAUAACCGCGAAAACGUCCGAGUUGCCCGAAGGUUGCGACACGAAGAACCGUUACGCCAAUGUUAUUCCUUUGCCCGAGACCCGCGUAUAUUUGAAUUUCAUCGACGGAUAUCCGAAUAGCGAUUACAUUAAUGCCAAUUACGUUACGGGUCCCAAGAACACCAAAGGUUACUACAUAGCGACCCAAGGUCCGAUGCACAACACCGUCGACGAUUUUUGGAGAAUGGUGUGGGAACAGCAUGCGAAAGUCAUUUUAAUGCUGACACAUCUGGUCGAGAACGGAUUGGAAAAGUGCGUUGACUACCUUCCGGAAUCGGAAGUGUUAGAGUGCAGCAGGAUAUUCGGGGACUUUCAGAUCACCUUGAAAAAGCGAGAGGUGAAGGAAAAGUACAUCAUAUCCAGCCUACAGCUGAAGAAUAUGGUGUCGAACAGUUGGAGGGAGGUCACCCAUUUCUGGUACCUGGGUUGGCCGGAAAAGGGGGUGCCCAACGAGGGAAAUUCCUUGAUAGCCUUCCUUAUAGAGGCCAGAAGUUACAUGAAAUCCUCCACCAUAGAUAAGAAGGAUGUCCUUAAUGGAGUCCAAAACGGUAUGGGUCACAGCGAACACAGUCCCGUCGUAGUCCAUUGCAGUCCGGGAACAGGAAGAACAGGAGUAACUAUCGCCUGCGAUAUCGCUAUAAGAGAGUUCGAAACUACCAGACUAGUGGAUAUUCCGAAGAUAGUUUAUCGGAUACGUAGGGACAGAGCUAACGCCGUACAAACUAAGGAGCAAUAUAACUUCAUAUAUAAAGUGGUCAGCUUGUAUGCAACGAAACUCACCGGAGGCGCCCUGGACAACUUAUAAUUAAGCGUUAAAAUUUAUAUUCUUUGUGUCAAAGUUUUGUAAUAAACGAAAAAGUUCCACACCUGCAAUAGCAGCAACUGCAGCAAUAUCAAAACAAUUCAAUCAAUUUUUUCUGUGAUAUAUUAUGUCCUAUAUUAUAUUCUGGUUUAAUCGCGAUGGUGUGGUUAUAUAAUUAAAAAAAAAAUAAUGUUUUUUGUGAUAUGUGUAUUUUUAGAGAUUAUUAUAUUUUAGUUUAUUGUGCAGAGUGUAUAUUUACUGUAAGUAGUUUUUUAUGUAAAUUAGAUUUAAAGUUAAAAAAAAACAAUUUGUAGGAAUAGUGACAAAAGCAAACUGUUUUUCAUGUAAAUAAAUUAUGAAAAAUAUAAUACGAAUUAAAA